AUGGUCCUUACUUUAGACCUUGCUCACGCCAUAUCUCCUCCUCAAACGCUUCCGACUAGCCAACUAGGCAAGAAUGGUCCUCUUGUUCCCAAGCUUGGGUUCGGCUUGAUGGGCCUAAGUGUUGGAGUAGGCGAAAUAGCUCCCGAUGAAGAGCGAUUCAAAAUUCUCGACAGAGCCUGGGAGCUCGGGGAGGUAUUUUGGGAUAGCGCAUUUGCUUAUGGCGACAACGAGGAUCUCGUAGGCAAAUGGUUUAAGCUGCACCCAGAACGUCGAGGCGACAUCUUCCUAGCUACCAAAUGGGCACUCGAGUAUGGCGGCGACUCCAACCCAGUCAUAUUCGUCGAUAGUUCACCCGAAAACUGCAUUAAAAGCUGCGAACGUUCUUUAAAACGUCUAGGAGUUGACAGCAUAGACCUAUUCUAUUGCCAUCGUUUCGAUGAUGUAACCCCUGUUGAGAAGUCCGUAGAAGCUAUGGCAAAGCUCAAGAAGGAAGGCAAAAUUAAAUAUCUCGGCUUGUCUGAGUGUUCCUCCAGUACGCUUCGACGUGCUCAUGCUGUGCACCCAAUCUCGGCUGUGGAGAUUGAAUAUAACCCAUGGUCGCUCGAGAUUGAAAGCGAGGAGGGUACCAACUUGCUUGCUACUUGCCGAGAGUUAGGGGUUGCCAUCGUCGCUUACUCGCCCCUUGGUCGAGGUUUCUUGACCGGGCGCUACAAGUCUCGGGACGAUUUCGAUCCAAAUGAUUACCGCAAAGGGUUUCCGAGAUUCAGCCCGGAGAACUUCCCGAAGAACCUGGAGCUGGUCAAGAAGUUCGAAGCUUUCGCAGAGAAGAAGGGUCGCACGCCAAGCCAGUUGGUACUGGCGUGGAUUAUAGCUCAGGGAGAUGAUUUCUUCCCCAUUCCAGGUACCAGGAAUAUCAAGUAUCUCGAGCAGAAUCUUGGCGCAUUAGAUGUCAAGCUCACCGCCGAGGAGAGCCAGCAGAUUAGGGACCUCAUCGGAAACUUGCAAGUUGCAGGCAACCGAAACUUAACACUUGCAAAUGUCCCACCGCAGCAUCUACAGGACACUGCACCCUUAAAAUGA